CCACGGCUGGGCUCUGAGGGGGGAGAAGGGGACAGAGAAAGAGGAGCUGGGUUGUCAUACGGGUUUCUUUAACUCUCUACUCCCAGGGGAAUUUUUGGGUGUGUCUGUAUUGUUACAGGCAUACUUGCUGACAGCUAUUUUGAAAUAUAUUACCAAAAUAAUUGAAACUGGCGUGAUUCUGCAGAAGUAGUAAAAAUGAUUUUCCAUAUCAGUUGGUUUAUUAAUCAGUGCUGCAGCCUCUUCUUUGCUGGAUCAUCCCAGAGGGAAUGUUGCUGUGCACUGAUUUCACAUACUGAGGAUAUUUCCUUCAGGUUAGGAGCUAUUCGAGUGAAUAGUUACGUUGAAGCAUGCAGAAGACUCAAGCUGCCUGCCUAACAAAAUGCUAAAGGACAGGACAGUGUGAGCUAUGAGUCAAUUUCUAAAUAGUUCAGUGCUUCACCUGGUGGGGAGUAGCCUGUUUGCUGAGGAUGGCUUCAUGGCUGGUGAAGACGAGAUCCUUCGUGUUAGGUUUCUCCUCUUCAUGUUCAUAGUAAGAUAUUGUAAAAAUUCUUUCAUGAACAAAGUAAAAAAUAUAUAUAGAUGAAGACAUGAACAGUGAAACCUUAUGCUUCAGGGCAUCAGUGGAUUGCUGCAGGGAUGAAGAAGAAAAUUUCUCUUCACAGUACCAGAUACUACCUUGUUAGUGAGGUUUUCAUUUUAGAUAUUGGCGUCUUCCAAGACAGGAUACCAGGACCAUACCAGAUCAAUGUGCCUGUGUAGCAAUUUGUACCUUUCCGUAAGCCUUACAAGAGCUACAUGUGUCUUGGUUUCCUCUUCCUCCCCAGCAUGCAAAAGGACCUGAUAUUGGCCCUACUCUCUUUCCCUCCUAGCAUGUAUAUAUUUUUAUUUGCUCCUGGCUUUGUAACACUCUAUAAGUCUGCCACACUAUUUCCCAGUGUAUGCCAGGUUCUGGCUAGUGGGGUGGGGGGAGAAUCUCUGUUGUUGAAUUUCCUUCAAGACCUUACUCUUGAUUCUUUUACUGUAAGUCAGAGCUUUGCAAGCCAGAAGAGGCUUGGUCUGUCUGUGAAGCAGAAUACUAAAUCAGUGUUUAUCACCAGAACGGUGGUGGUGGUUGAGCAAUGUACCAUCUGAUAGCUGUUUGAUGGGCUUGUAUGAAACGAGUUGGAGGUGAUGAGGUCAAUGAAUAGAACAGAAAAGAUACAGCCCCAGCCUUAGUGAACAAGUGACCACAUCACAAGAACCAUGACCACGAUUGGCACCAAUUGACCCCCUUAUUGAUCAUAUCAGCAGACCGGCUGAAUUCCUCUCUUAACCCAAAGCAGUGGUUGGUCUCUCCAGAUCAGGAAUGAGGCUGAGAGGAGCAGUGAGUAGAAAGUGUAUAUUGCUACUGUACCUUCCCAGGUAAUACAGAAUGGCAACCAGCACCUUCACUUAAAAGAAAAAGAAAGCAACUCCCUUUCUAACUGUUACUGGUGAAGAGUCCUAACCGAAGCCAGACUAAGCUCCCACAUAGUUUAUCAGGUGGCAGUAUUAAUGUCACUGGGUUCCCUGCAGCCUGCUGGCCAUGUCAUCCAUCCUUGGAAAGAUGAGGAAACUUGGCAGUUCUGAUGUGGAGGACUCUGAAGUCACGGACGAGCACACAGAUGGUGAGAAUUCCUUUCUGGGAACCCCUGACAGCCUUCAGGGUAGCCAGAGCACCAAGGUACAGCAGCUGCCCAAAAGCAACAUCUUUGCUAGACGAGGCCGCUUUGGGAUGGGGGACAGCGAUAAGAACAUGGCGCCCAUGGACUCCUUGUACCAGAUGGACCACCUGGUUUCUGCUCCCGUCAUCAAGUUUAAUAUCAAUAUGGAAAGGGCAAAAAUACACAAUCAGUUUGCCAAGCUCCUAUCUACCAAUUCCAUUGCAAGCUGCUCAGAAAAAGCUUUCAAGUUCUAUGAUCGCAGAAGGAUCUUUGAUGCUGUAGCCCAAGGUGACACAAGUGAUCUGAAUGACCUGCUGAUCUAUCUCCAUGAAACCCGGAAGCAUCUCACAGACAAUGAGUUCAAAGAGCCGGAAACUGGGAAAACCUGCUUAUUGAAAGCCAUGCUGAAUCUGCAUGAUGGGAAGAAUGAUACGAUUCCCCUGCUUCUGGAAAUUGCGGAGAAGACAGGCAAUCUGAAAGAGUUAGUUAAUGCAGAAUAUAUUGACAACUACUACAAGGGUCAGACUGCUCUCCACAUUGCCAUCGAGAGGAGGAAUAUGUACUUGGUGAAGCUCUUGGUCCAAAAUGGAGCAGAUGUUCAUGCAAGAGCCCACGGAGAGUUCUUCAGAAAAAUCAAAGGGAAACCGGGCUUUUAUUUUGGUGAACUGCCUCUUUCCCUGGCUGCCUGCACCAACCAGCUAGGCAUUGUGAAAUUCCUCCUGGAGAAUCCGUAUCAUCCAGCCAAUAUAGCUGGCCAGGACUCUAUGGGCAAUACAGUUCUGCACGCCCUUGUGGAGAUUGCAGAUAACACCAAAGAUAACACCAAGUUUGUAACAAAGGUGUAUAACAACAUUUUGAUCGUUGGUGCCAAAAUUAACCCGAUGCUGAAGCUGGAAGAGAUCACUAACAAGAAGGGACUGACUCCUUUAACCCUGGCUGCAAAGAAAGGGAAGAUAGGGAUUUUCGCCUAUAUCCUUAGACGAGAGAUCAAAGAGCCUGAGUGUAGGCAUCUGUCUAGGAAGUUCACCGAAUGGGCCUAUGGACCCGUCCACUCAUCUCUUUAUGACCUGUCCUCCAUAGACACAUGUGAGAAAAACUCAGUGCUUGAGAUCAUUGCGUAUAGCAGCAAAACACCAAAUCGCCAUGAGAUGCUGCUGGUAGAGCCCCUGAACAGGCUGCUGCAGGACAAGUGGGACCGAUUCGUCAAACGCCUAUUUUACUUCAACUUCUUUGUUUAUGCCAUGCACGUUAUCAUCCUCACCAUUGCCGCCUACUUCAGACCUGUGGAGAAACAUGGAAAGCCUCCCUUCAAAUUUGAAUACACCACUGAGGAGUGUUUUCGAGUCACCGGAGAGAUCCUGAGUGUGCUGGGAGGUCUCUAUUUCUUUUUCAGAGGGAUACAGUAUUUCCUGCAGAGGCGGCCCUCAUUGAAGACUCUGCUAGCUGACAGUUACAGUGAGGUUCUUUUCUUUGUCCACUCGUUGUUACUGUUGAGUUCAGUGGUGCUGUACUUCUGUGGCCAGGAACUUUAUGUGGCAUCCAUGGUGUUCUCCUUGGCACUGGGCUGGACUAACAUGCUGUACUACACCCGAGGCUUCCAGCAGAUGGGAAUUUACUCUGUCAUGAUUGAGAAGAUGAUCCUGAGGGAUUUAUGUCGUUUCAUGUUUGUCUACCUAGUAUUUCUCUUGGGAUUUUCCACAGCUGUGGUGACUCUGAUUGAAGAUGACUAUGAGGGACAAGAAAAUAACAGCUCUCUCUGCACCCGAUCAGUCCAGCUGAAGCGUGGCCGCAUGUCAUACAACAGUCUGUAUUACACCUGCCUGGAGCUGUUCAAGUUCACCAUUGGCAUGGGAGAUCUAGAGUUCACUGAGAACUACAGGUUUAAGUCUGUCUUUGUCAUCCUGUUGGUCCUCUACAUCAUCCUCACCUACAUUCUCCUGCUCAACAUGCUGAUUGCGCUGAUGGGGGAAACUGUGAACAAAAUCGCACAAGAGAGUAAGAGCAUCUGGAAACUCCAGAGAGCCAUCACCAUCUUGAAUAUUGAAAACAGCUACCUGAACUGCAUGAUAAGCUCAUUCCGAUCCGGGAAGCGAGUCUUAGUGGGAACCACGCCUGAUGACAAGGACGAUUACAGAUGGUGUUUCAGAGUCGAUGAGGUGAACUGGUCCACGUGGAACACUAAUCUGGGCAUAAUCAACGAGGAGCCCGGAUACAGCGUGGGCUUGAAGCGAAACUCAAGUUUUUCUUUUAAGUCUAGCAGAGUUUCAGGGAAAAACUGGAAGACCUUGGUUCCACUUUUGAGAGAUGGGAGCAGGCGAGAGGAGGCACAGAAACAGCCAGAAGAAGCCAAGUUAAAACCCAUUUUGGAACAUGAUUAUGAGCCUGAAGACUCUGGGGCAAGGAAUUCAAAGCAAAUGCAGAAGGAAUCUGACUUGCAGUGAAAGAGUAUACACGUACAAGAACUUAAAGAAACCAACACCUCUUCAGACAUCUGAUUCUUCUACUGAUGUGUUGCUUUCUUCAGGUUCCCUUUUCCCCAUCACAUCUCUCCUUGACCCUGGAGAAGAAAUAUUGAGAAGGUGAAACUGUGGGCAUGAGAAGAACAAGCCAAUUUUCUCUGUUUAGUUUGGAUGCAAUUUGGAGGAAUCAGUUACAGUUAGAGGUCUGGGUUUGUUUUCAGUGAAACUGACAAAAAUCCAGUUACAAGUAAUUACAAGAUCAGGAGAACAAAAUGCUAUCCAACAACCAACUAAGUUUGCAAAUGAACUUAAAUUUUGGAUUUCUUUUAACUUUUGCAUUUAUCUUCAAAAUUAUAUCUGCUCUAACCACCACACAGAAUGACAUUAUUCUCAUUGGCAGCACUUUAUUUAACAUGGCAAAAACAACCAUAUAAACCUGUAACGCUGCAGUUCUGUAACAUCUACAGAACCCAUACCAUGGGUGAAAUCCUGUCUCCAUUUAAGUCAAUGGAAAUUUGCCAUUGACUUCAAUGGGGUCAGGUUUUCAUCCAACGUAAUUAAAUAUUAUCGUUUUAAGAGAAGAACUACCCAAAGUGACUUAGAACUUGCAGUUUUUACAUCUCAUCAGAACACAAGUGCUUUAUCGGGCAGAAAUAACUGUCACUGUCUUUUAAUAUCAUGUUAACUACUAUAGGCCCAGCCCUGCAGUUCUGAUUCCAAAUUCCUUUUGAAGUCAGUGGGAGUUUUGCAUAAACAAGGUCUUCAAGAUUUGGCCCCUGUGUAAUUAAAAGCCACAGAGCUCCUCUAUUCAACACAAGGCUAGUCUUGGAGGUUGUUGGUAUGGUAGCUAAUGUAAUUCUAGUCAUAGGUCCACAGGAAUGAUUACUGAAGUUUAAGGGCAGUAAAGUUAUCCUACAGCUAAAAAUCAGGUCUCAUCCAUUUCCUCUUUUCUUUUCCUUUGCAAGGGGAACAGGAUCUUCAUUCAGGCUUAUCAGUGUGUUACUCCAUUGGAUUUUGUUCACUUCAUUCACCCUGUUCGUUUUAAGCAAACUUAUAAAGAGGGGCACUUCAUGCAUCUGGCAAAAGUGGGUUAUAGCCCAUGAAAGUUAUGGCCAAAUAAAUUUGUUAGCCUUUAAGGUGCCACGGGACUCCUUGUUAUAUAAAGAGGAAGCUUACAAAUCUGAAGUUUAUUUUUAUUCAUCUAAAAGCUGGGUUCAGCAUAGCCAAACUCCAUAUAACUCUAGUGAUGGGGUGCUUCAGAAGGUGCAGACUUAAGAUGCAUAUCUAAACUAUCUGAAACUAUGGAGAAUUCCACCAUUAAUGUGACCUUCUGCUAUAUGCAACCCCCCUCCCCAGCUCUAUCUGUUGUCACAGGGGUGCCUAUCUCCUUAGUAUCGAAGAGCCUUCCAAAAAAAGUAAACACAAAUCUCUCUCUCCCAGCCCUGGUGCUGUGGCCUGCUGCCCUCCUCUUGUGUCUUUGGUGGAGGGAUUACCUUCACCUCCACUGUCUCUGCAGGGCCCACUGACCCUUAAAGCCCUGAAUGGUCUUCAGGUGUGCAUGUAUGAUAAGCUGUAUCUGGGAACAGCAGAGAGCUUGGGCCCGUCACAUUUAGGCAUAAUAAAAUAGCUUAAUCAAGCUUUUAUUAAAUAUGUAGUUACUUUGAUUUCUAGAGGUCUCACUGUACCCACCAUAAGCAAGUUCUCUCAUCUUCCUUUUUAUCAGGGGUAUAUCCAACUAGUGUAUUGGAGUGAAUAUUUUUUUCUUUGGAGCCAUUUUCUCUAGGACACUGGCAAACUUCUUUCCAGAUCCAGUAUGGUCAUGGCUUUCUGGAAACAGUUACAAUGUAUAAUCAACAUGAUGCCAAACAGUGAAUCGUUCAGGGUAUGCUCUAGCAUGUGGCUGCUACUGCAGCAUGUUCUUGCUGUCAGCAGAUCAUUCUAGCAGCACAACAUUUUCAAAGGAUGCAGGUUUGAAAGUUGGGAGGAGGUGGUGCUCUUAACUUUGCACCCACUGAAGUUAAUGGUAAUAUAUCCACUGAAUGUAGGAACGGCCAUACUAUGACAGGCCAGUGGUCCAUCUAGCCCAGUAUCCUGUCUUCCAGCAGUGGCCAAUGGCCAGUGCUUUAGGGAGAAUGAACAGGACAGGGCAGUUUUGAGUGAUCCAUCCCCUGUAAUCCAGUCCCAGCCUCUGGCAGCUGGAAGUUUAGGGACACCCGUAGCAUGGGGUUGUGUUCUUGACCAUCUUCCCUAAUACCCAUUGAUGGACCAAUCCUCCAUGAACUUAUCUACAGUGGGAACAGUAUUAGGCCAUUGUCUGAGAACUUUUGAAAAUCCCACAUACAAAUGUAAACAAUUUAAGUGUUUUCUGGUAUGACUUUCUACCAUUUUAAAAAGCACGUCAUACUUACACAGCCAACUUCACAUGGAGAAAUGGUGACAUCUAGUCACCACUUGAGGCCCUUGCAGAUGAAUGAUUACUAUAGAUACCCUAUGGGCAUACACUAGUCAUUUAGAUUUAGCCUAUUAAAGGGAAUUAUUCUGUAUUCAGGUUGGAUAAUAAGGGCCCAAAUGGAUGUGUUGUGUGUCCCUAGUGUCAUGCUGUAUAGCUUCCAUUCUAAGACCGUUCUGGAACCUGGCUAUGAUGUAGCCAUUUCCAGGUAUUUGUUGAUUUAAAAGUUUUGUUACCUGUAAUAGCCAUGUAAAAUAGACAUUUAAUUUUUCUUAGGUUCUUGGGAAGUGGAAGAAAAGUGUGACAGAAGUGACAGGUAGAUGAGACAAUAGUGUAUACAAAAUAGUGUGUAUGUCUGAUCAUAUUACAGUAUCUUGUCACUGAUUUUGAAUUGAUAAAGGCAAAAGCCUCACCUGGAGCUUCCAGAUUUCCUCACUUCCUUGGGACACUGCGCUGACUGUCUCCCCCAUCAGCGCGAUCAGCAUGUUUAAGAGGAGCACAAAGGUGAGCAUCACAUAGCAGAUGAGAAGAAGCAUGAAAACCUCAGGGUACUUGGAAUCCUCAUGCCCUGAAAGGUCCCCGAGGCCUAAGGUAAGCUUGAAGAGCUCAAACACUGCAGUGUGAAAGCUAUGAAAUGGGCUGCACAGUGUGUCCUGGGGACAGUCAAUCAGAGAAGCAAGAGCUGCAGAGUAAAAGAAAAUCUGUAUCAGACACCAGGAAAGGGAUGGGAAAAAUCACUGCACUGACCAAGAAGAUAACACUGAAUUUCCAUUGUCUGAGCUACUGAUACUGAGUACAAUAUUCAUUCAGUUUCAUACAAAUUUAGACUUGAUUUCUGUCAAAAUUAUUUUCUGAUAACGCGAAUUUAGUUAUCCCUUUGUUGGCAUAUGUUGCACAUAACUAUGUAAUGGUUCUACUGUUCCUGGGUAAAGUCCAUUAUGAAUACCCAGGACUUGAUCUAGCUAGUCCUUUAUGGUGUGUUCUUGCUUUUCCUUCCACAUAUUUCCCGAGCUCUUACUGCACAUUUGAAAUGUAAUGUCCCACCUUUUACUGCACAAUCUCAGUGACAUAUGGGAAUUAGAACCUGGUUCACCCCAAACGCAAAGCCCAGGACUGGAAAAGGUUUGAAUAGCUCUAGAUUUAGCUCAGAUGAUGGUGGCUUUUUCAGAAAUGGGGGUGUGGGCUGCCUAGUGGUAGUGAUGCUUGAGGAACCCCAGAAUCAUAGGAUUGAUUCAUUUCUUAUCCUUUUCAUCUUUCCAUAUCAUUAAAUUCAAAUUAAUAUUUAUUCUAAUUAUAUAUAUUAAUAUGAGAAACUUCUUACCUGCUCCAAAACCUACUAGGAAAACCCCAUAAACCAAAAGGAACCUAGAAACAUCCAUUAAAAUCAUCUGAAAAAGCAUGGAAAACCUAGAAAGAAGAGUAUUAUUGGAAAGCUCUUAGACAAUAAUAUGAAAGCUCUGUAGUUCACCAAAAUAUCUAGCUUUGGAGUCUUGUGGUGUAUAGGCAUAGAGAAUAUUUAGGGUUGUAGCUGCAUAUCCAUAUACUUUCAUGUGUAUUAUAGUUUCACACAAUAGAAUACAGUAAAGCUGUCCCAUUGUGUUAGCUCAGGAUUUGUAUAAAGCAUCGUUUCAGUACAGCAAACAAAUUGUUAGGCAAAUUUAAGUGAAUAGGAAUAGUUUAGCAUAUUUUACUACUGGUUGGUUGAAACAUGUUUGAAUGGAACAAAAGAGCUGCUAUGGUUUAUAUUUAUGUUCAUAAUCCAAAGAUUUACACGAAAAUAUUUGUGGAGAAUACUUUAGCAAUAGGAUCUUUCCAGCUUUUGGGGUUAAAAUUCUCCACUCCCACAUGAACAAGUUAUGCUGUGUUUUUUAUACCUAUAUUAACAUGUUUUUAAUAUGUAAAUAUAAAUUAAAUCAAAGGUCUUUGAACUUACCUUUUGAAUCAUUAUAGUGUAAAUGCCAGUGAUUCUGAACCCUCUGAAAUAGUACAAGAUAUUGAACCAUCCCAAAGCUAAGGCAAAGACCCUCAGUAUAACAUAAGCUUCCACUUGCAUGAUGUACAAGAUAUGUGUGCAUAUCACCAGCAGUGUUUGAAUGAAACUGGGGGGAAAAAGAAAUCAUAGUCAAAUAUUGAGAUACUUCCCACCUGUUGUUACUGAAAUAUAUGUAUUCAUUAAAUGUAUGCAAUGCAAUUUCAAACAGUUACAAAGUCUAGUCUGAUUGGCUUACAGAAACACAAGACAGUUUGCAUUUAAAAGGCUCCCUAGUCCCACUGUGACAAGGUAAAACACUAUGUAAUAUUCAGUGGGGAAAAAAAGAGUAGAACUCACAAGAGAACAUAGAAAUAGUUAUUCUGAAGAAAAGAGCGUAAUGUUAAAGGCCACAUCCAGAAGAUCUCUAAACUCUAAAAAACAAAAAUAUGGAUCAAAUACAAGCCCUUCCACUUAACUUAGUUAACACUUUUAAAGAUGGGAUUUUGAAAUAUGUUCUAGUUCAUCACCUUUGGUAACCUACUGUCUGUUGGAGCGUGAUCCCUCUAUGACCUUAAGAAAGGACAUUAAUGUGUUGUGCUGAAGUUUCCUGGGAAACCCUAUGCCUUGCUUUGCUCAGUAGGGGUGAAAUUCUCCUCUGUGUAGAAGGUCAGCACAUGGCCAAUACACCACAUAGGUCCUAUUCUGAGGGUAUAAGUGGGAUGUAAGUGGUGCAUAAGUCUUGUGCUGGUCCUCUGCAUGGGGUGAACUUCUCCACAAUGCCAGUGUUUCUCAUAUCAUAACAGACAUCACUAACAGCUCUAGUGAAGGAGAAAUACAGCCAUAUACUUUA